AUGCCAUUCAUUUACAGCAAACCCUGGCGCGUGCAGUUCUUUAAUCACAUCAAGUGCCCCGAGGAUGUGUUCAUCCCUACAGAAGACUGCGAUGCCUGGCAACUCUGCCCCGAGCACCGCUGGGUUUACAACAAGCUGACAAUUGCACUGGCCCAGGAUCUGCAAGCAGCACCCCAUUGUGUCCUCCCACCAAAGGCCUCAUAUCCAGUCUUCAGCAAACCGCUCAUGAAUCUCAAGGGCAUGGGCGCUGGCAGCCGUGUCAUCCCCGAUGAGGCGACCUUUCUCGAGUCGCUCCAACCGGGUCAUUUCUGGUGCACCCUUCUGAAGGGUCGCCAUGUCAGCACGGAUGCCGCGUUUGUCAAUGGCGAGAUGGUUUGGUCCCGCCAUACGACCGGCGUGCCUAUUAGCGACGGUAUGUUUGACUAUUGGUAUCUGCACAAAGAAGCCAUGCCCGAGAUCGAGGACUGGUGCGGUAGCUGGGCACGUAAGCAUCUAACCGGCUACACGGGGAUGGCCAACUUUGAGACAAUCGGCGGCAAAAUCAUCGAGAUGCAUUUGCGCUUCACCCCUCAGUGGGCCGAUCUCUAUGGCGACAAGUGGCUGAAUGCUGUCGUACGGCUGUACGUGGACAAGGUCUGGGAGUUUGACGACAGUGGUCGGAUCGACCAGUACAGCGUCAUCCUGUGGGGGUCGCAGCAACGGUCGUAUCGCUUGCCGCCAGCUGCUGAGAUAUCUAGAGCUGCAGCUGUUCCUGGUGUCUCUAGCAUACAGGUGCCCUUUUACGAGAAUAUGGAUCCUGCGACGGCUUCCAACCCGCCUGGUGGGUUCCGACUGGCCAUUGUCAACUCGUAUGAUCUUGAAGCUGGACGGAAGGCGACCAAGAUUCUGCGCGAGGCCAUCAAGGAGGUCGACACCGAACCCCACGUCAAUGGCGUCACAGGCAGAGCAGCAUGCAGUUGCCACAAGUGA